UGGGGAACAAAAAAAAAAACUUCCGAGGCGCAUGGCUUAAUCAAAGAAAUCGUACACGAGAGAGCCCUUUUUUGUUGCAAGACUCGUCGCUGCUGCUCAGGGUCAGGGCUACGUAGCCUAGCUCUGUCUCUCUCUCUCUCUGGCUCUGGACACACGCACUCGUGAGAGUCUAUACGGCUCGAGGGGGGUCUGGUGCGCGGCGCGCAUCGAUCGCUUCUUCGAGAGCUUUCGCGCGCUUGAUCCCGUGCUGCUGCACUCUUGUAUUAUUGUAUACGUAUAGUCGGUGGUCCCCCUCCACUCACGCGCGUCGUGUGCGUCAUGUGCGUUUGACAGUUGGCUGUUGCUGCUGCUUUUAUACCCCGAGAAUCUUCAGUCCUCCGUCGACUCGAGAAUUUUUCAUUUUCCUCUCGCUGAAAAAAAAAAAAAAAAUAAAAUAAAAGAAAACGAUGACGAAAGCACGAUGCUCUGUUGGCGGCGAGUGAAGCCGAUCGAAGCCAAUAGCGAAUUACCGAUUGGAUUCUGGUCACGUUUGCGCGUCGAAGCGACUAACGCGAGGGCCUGUCGGCUGCUGGCCAUGUUGUUCCAGGAGGACAGCUCGGACUCGGAGUCGGACUCGUCGUCGGAUUCGGAGGUGGCGAGAAUGGCGAGCGCGACGGCGGCCGCGUCGCUGCCGACUCACGGCGUGCCGAGUCACUCGCAGCCCGGUCACGGCCCGCUCAGCUUCAUGGGUUGCAUGAGGGAGGCCUCGCCGCCGCCGAGAUUCGAGGAUACGUCCGCGACGACGACGAUUCAGCAUCACAAUAAUCAUCAUCAGCAUCAUCAUCAACACAAUCAUCAUCAUCAUCAUCGGCCGCCCGUUGGUUUGCCCAUCGGCGCUGACUUUGCGCACAUAUCCGCCGCUGCUGGUCAUCAUGCUUUCGACUCGAUACCCAAAGAGCCAAAGAAACGACGCUUCCACCCGCUGCGGGGAUUGCGGCGGAUAUUUCGCAAGAAGAGCCGUGGCGCCGCGGACGCCGGCGGCAGUGGCAGCGCAGGCAGCAGGCCGAGCUCGAGCAGCGCCGAGCGCGGCGACCCGAGCGCCAACGGCGUCGUCGGCGGCGGCGGCAAUGAUCAUCAUCUCAUGUCGAUGAUCGUCCGGGACCGCGAGGAGGUGACGCUGCGCGACCCGUCGGGCAGGGCCAGCGACGAGAUUCGCAGCAGGAGCGCCAGCGAGCUGCUCACCGAGUCGUCGUCGUCGUCCUGCUCCGAUCGCGAUAGGAUGUUCCUGCGUCGUCGCGGUAUGGAGGACUCGUUCUCGCAGCUGCUGCAGAAGGGCGGCGCCGUCGUGGGCCAGCUGUCGGUCUCGCACGACAGCGUCUUCCCGGGCGAGGGCUCGGGUCAGCGCGCCAGGCCACUCUCGUCCUCCCUCGAGAUGCACGCGAGUCUUGAGCGGCGUUACGUGAAGGCCAGCAGCGCCUCGCCCGAGUCCAAGGAGCCACAGUCGACUCAACAAAAGCAUCGGAUAUCUUUGAGGGUACUCGAGCAAAUCAAAACAGUCAUAGAGAAUCGGAAUCAAGUAGCGGUCGCGGGUUCGACCGCCACAGCGGCAACAACGACGACGUCGGCAACGUCAACGACGACUGCGACCACGACGCCCGAUGGCUUCAAUUCACUGCACAAUCGCUUCGGCAGUCGAGAUAGAGGCGAGCGCACAAUCGACAAUACACAAGAAAAACUGCCGAGAAAAGAUGCUACCCCGUCGGCCAACAGCUCAAUACUCGACGAUUCCGGAGUAUCGCUCAAAGAAGAUUUACCUGAGCUACCAACCGGAAACCUAAGUCACACAGCCGCGCAUCAUCGCAUCAGCGUUCGGCCGAAGAAUCGUCGACCCCCGAGACGCACGACGCCCACGGCUGACGCGACAACGGCAGUACCGACGACACCAACGACACCGACAACAACGACGGCGCCAGCGUCAUCCCUGACGACGGCCACCCUCUUGGGCGAGAGCUUCGCCGCGAGCUCGACCUCGAUCGACGCACUGGACAGCUUGGAGGAGGUGAGCCCCACGGAGGAGGAGGAGGUGGCGGUGCCGAUGACUACUACCACCACUGCUGCGAGCACACCGACGACGCCCGUCGUCGUGACGCCGAUCGUCGUGCCGCUCGCCGUCGAGCCGAGCAAGCCCAUCCCGAUACUGCGCAAAUCCUCGAGCCGGAUCUCGCGAAAUUCCGACGUGUUCGAGGAGCUGGAUCAUCAGAAGGUGCCGCUGCGCCCCAAGCAUCAGCAGCAGCAGACGGCCGCCUGCUCGCCCGACAGUCUCGAGUCCACGACGAAUCUGGACUCGAGGAGCAGCGCCGACGUGCUGGACGACGCGACCAAGCCACCGAGGCCGACCCCGAGGUCGUCCUCCACCAGCUCGGACAAGUCGCCCGCGAGAAGAUCCUCGGCGGCGAGCAAUCGACUGUCCAAAUCGCCCGACAGUCUCGAGAGCGGCUCGCCCAUGGAAUGGCUGGCCAAGUCGUCGAACGAGGGCCUGUUCGACAUGAUGGACAAAGAGGUGGUGAGCGCCGCCAGCAAGCCCGUGCCAGCCAGGAGGUCGCUGCUCGGUCCGCCGCUGCCCGUGUCCAAAUCACAGGAACGAGUCUGCAGCAACACCGCCGGCAGCAAGUCCGACAGCCUCGAGGCGCUCAACAACAGCGACGACUCGAUGGAGCGCAGACAGCAGCACAGGCACAGCAGCUCGGGCAGCAUCGCCUUCGACCUGAGGCCAACCAGGAGGAGCCAGCACGGCCACCAGCACAGCAAGCUCAUGUCCAAGUCGACCGAGUGCUUCGACACGAUGAUCGCCUCGGCGGAGCAGCAGCAGCAUCCACUGCUCCAGCAGCAGUCGAUCGUCAAGAUCGACGAGAAGCGCAAGAGGGCCAGCUGCUCGGAGGUCAAUCUGUCGCGCGGCGGCGGCGGCGGACGAUUCCCCGCCAAGCUGCUGUCGGCCGAGAGCUUCGAGAAGUUCUCCGCCGAGGCCAGCAGCGACAAGCUGUUGCUGCCCGUCAGUCUGCGACGAGCCAGCGGCGGUGGUAUCGUCACCACCAACAACAGCAACAACAACAACAACAACAACAAUAACAACGGUAGCGGUAGCAGCAACAAGCGCAUGGCGCACUCGUCCGAGAGCUCGGACAAUCUCGAGCUCGACGACAACUGCAAGUUGGAGAACCGAAGGCGCUCCACGCCUAAGAGGCUCAGCAGGCUGCGCAAGAACUCGGAGAGCUCCGAGCUGGGCAGCACCGAUACCCUCGACUCGGAGCGCAGGAAUCACACCAUGAAGUCGUCGGACUCGGACGAGACCCUCGACAGUCUGGAGAAGGAUCUACUGGAGCCGGUGCUGCCGGUGGUGGUGUCGUCGCGUAAGAGCAAAGAGGAGGACGAGCUGCAGUCGAUCCAGCAGUGCGACAAUAACUCGAUGGUGGCGGUGGUCGAAAGGAGGGACGAUAACGCGGAUGAGACUGCUGACACGAAGGUCGGGGCUUUCUGGCGAAGGAAGACGUCGAGUAGCGGCAACCAAGUGGUGGUGGAGUCCAACAAGGACGAGAAGGCCGAUCUCGAUAUACACCAGCUGGGUGGCUACUUGCUGGCCGGCAACAAAAUCCACGAGAACGGCAACAACGAUAGCAAGGAGGACACGACGUCGCCCGCGCUCGUUUACGCGAAAAAGAAGCAGAUGCAGGCGAUGCAUCUCCAGCAGCAACAACACCAGCAGCAGCAACAGCAAGCGCAACAGCCGAGUAGAGGUGGUGGCGGCGGCGGCGGCUCCGAAGAGCAGACCAAAAAUAAUCAGCUGACGAACAAAAGCGACGAGGAGGUGCAGAACAUGCUCAAUGGAAAUAUAUCCGAAGUCACGACCGACACCAGGAGUUUUAAAGAAAAAUUGAUCAUGUUCGAGAAGCUUGGGAAAUAAAUCGUAUAACGAGCGCCCGUCGCAUCGUGUUGUUAAUUGAGUGUGUAUAUUUGCGUAUAACGCGACGAGAUUUUAUAAUAAAAAUGUAAACGAAAGGACAUUUACCUCCGUUUCGCUGCGUGUGCGAGAAAGAGAGAGAGAGAAUGUGUGUGUGCGAGCGAUUGUGAAAGCGCAUUUUGCACGAAUGCAACGAAACGCAUUGUUUUUUAUUGAACGAAUCGCGAGGCAUUUUUGAAAUCGGUUGCAAGCUCGAUGUAUACGAACAUUGCGAGAUUAGUACCCUUUGUAAAUGAUGAAAAAUGAAUCGCACUUUAAAAUUGAGCUAUGAGAGCGUGAUCGUUAUCAUCGCAUCGAAAAUCGUGCGUUGUGUUUGAAAAAUGAAUGCUCGCGAGCGACUUCAUGUAUACUGGAACAGCUUGCACACAAAUUAAAAACAUAUUAUCUAGGUUGUAAGCGUGAGAAGAAGUGUUAAUUUAUUGUUAAUAUUUGAUAAAAGCCGAGGAGAAAAUUCCUUGUGUAAAAUCACACAAUUACUUUUGGUUUUAUUGUUAGAUCAACGAAGUUUCGAAUUAACUAAAAUGUUUUUUAUAAUGAAUGAACGAAGAUCCAAAAAUUUAUUGUACCGAAUAAAAAGUAUUAUUACGACUAUAAUUGUCUGAUUUUUAUCAGUUAUUUUUCUUCGAUGCAUUAUGCUGAAUUAUUUGUCUUAUCUGUUUAUAUAUAUAAAAAAAAAUAUACGAUUAUAUCAAAAGAGCUUUAGACGGACUUUUCGAUGAUGUCGCCAGUUACGUGUGUACAGUAGUUUAGUUUCACAACUAAGUAUUUAAGUAAAACUCAAAUUAUCUUGGUACGUAUACUCGCUAAAAGAAUUUUUUAGAAUACACGUAGAGUGAUUCUAAGAGACCACGGAAUUACUCGAUGCAAAGGACUGCGUUAGAAAAGUGAUGCUGAUUUUUAUGAUGACUAAUGUGAUGUUUUGUUUUUAAAUUAACGUGAUAAGCUUAAUGAAAUAUUAUUUUUAAUCGGAUAUUUUAGCGUCUAACGAUUAGCUAGCAGCUUAAAAAUAUAAUUGAUUCAAUUUUUCAAAUGUGAAUUAUAGUGAAUAAGGAAAACAGUUAUUGAACUCCAAUUAAGCUCAAAAAACUUCAAAUAAUUUAAAAAAACAAACCGCAAUCCUCAUGAAAAUUUGAAUAAUUUUUUUUCAUUACUUUUUAGCUAGAGUAAUUUUUUGGUCUUGAAAAAUACUCUAAAUAUUAUAUUAUUUUUGUAAAUAUUAAAGUAACAUCGUGUAUAGUGUUUUCAUCUGUGUAGUAACACAAGACACAAAUAUCAAUCUAGUAUUCAUUAUACAUUCAUUUCUUUUUUUAGAAAUGAUCAUCGUUAUAGAGAUUUCUUAAAGAUAAAUCACAGAAAAAAAUAAUAAAAGUAGUGAUUCUCGGCGAAAUUUGUUUCGAGCCUCAAGUGCCUUAUUGUGAACUCUUAUCGAACAACAGAGUCAUCUCAAACGUAAAAAGCAUGUACUCGUAUAAAACUAAAAUCAAAGUAAAAUUUUAUCAUGUUAAUCAAAAAUGAAAUAUUUAAAUCCCGUUCUUUAAAAUCCAAAUAACAAAAUUUAGGAGCUUGAAGGUUAAGAAUAAAAAUUCUCGCUAGUAAGGAUUAUCUUAAUUCGACGAUAUUUUUGUCUGAAUAUAAAUAAAGCUGCCAUUGCUAA